CACCCCCCUGUGGCUGGUGCCAUCACAAUCGGGCCCAACUAUAUAACCAGGGGCUGCCAGGGCCUCUGUGAAGCUGGGUCUGCCAGAAGAGGAGGAGGAGGCGGCCCCUGCCCCUCUAAGCGAGGCCGCCCCCACCCUCCAUGGACACCAAGACACAGAGCCUUCCCAACACCCACACCCAGCCCCACAGCAACUCUCGGCCCCAAAGCCACGCCUGCAAGCAGUGCAGCUGCAGCCACCACUGCCAGAGCCGCAGCCGGAGCUGCCGCAGCCGCAGCCGGAGCUCCAGCCAGCGCCCGAGGAGCCACCGCAGCCCCGCUGGCCACCAGGGCCGGAGCCCAGGCCCCAGCCCUCCUCUGAGGCACCUCAGAUACGCCAUGCACUCCCACCAGUGCCCCUCGCGGCCCGUCACCCACUCCUGCAGCCACUCCAAGAACAGGAAGAACUUGGAGGGAAAGGUGAUCAAGAGGAAGCAGGUCAAGAGGAGCAAGCAGGUGUACAAAAGAAAGAGGCAGAGCUCAGGACGAAAGUACAACUGAGAUGACACCCCAUGGCUUGUUCCUGUGUCGGUUUCACCCAGAUAAGUAAAGACAUCACAUGUGGAACGCUAGAAGGAAGAAGUAAACUUUGCAGGAACAUGUUACUACAGUGAUUUCUAUGCAACAUUGAUUAAAGCUUGUACACUG